AAAUCCCAGCUUGCCUAGGAGGGCAGUGACCUCCCAGUCCUCAUGGCUGCAGCUAUGAUCUCCGAAGGAAGCCAUAGUAUGUGCUAAAGGCUUGAAGAUUCUGGGUGGGUGCGGGGAGAGGUCUUCCCAAGCAAAGAACAGCCUCGCCCCGCUGCAGGGUCCCUUGUUUCUCUCCAGAAAACCCAACCCCAGGCGGUCCUGCUCUUCUCCUGCCCCUGUUCCCAUUCCUCCCCCCACACCUCUGAACACCACUUUAAGCUGCAGUUAACAAAGGCAGCUGAACACAGAAUGGGCCGUUCUCCCUGUGUCUGGUCUGUGCCACUUUCGACUGCAGAUCGAGGCUCCACUGGUGUUUGUUUUUCAAAUCCACGUUGAAAGCUAGUGUGUCCAAGAGAAAGACGCCCAUUCUGAUUCUCCACGUGCAGAAUGUCUUCUUUAAGUGGAGAAGCAUCCUAUCGAGAACGGCUGUCCUCUGCAGCCUGAGGUGGUGCCGUCCCAGUGAGAACUGGGCCAGGGACGUUGCUGGCACCCUCCAGAAGGAUGUUGGGGGUUGGCUUGGGUUGAUUAAGCAGCCUAAUCCCGUUUCAAACAUGCCAAAGUAGCAAAUCCUGGAUUAACCUGGGAGGCGAUCAGAAAGGCCAAGUGCCGAUGUGCAGUUUGCAGGCUGCAUCGGAGGGGACGAGGGUUAGGGAGACGCCCUCUGCCUCUGCAAGGGGUUCCCCGAGUCUGAUUCUGUAGUUGGGUGCUGCGGGAGGAAGCAUCGGGGAGGUGCUGUUGAGGAUUUCUUUGGGAAACUCAAAAUCUGCAGGCUGGAAGAAACCAGGAAGAAGUUCCAUUGAAAUCGAGCAGGAGAAGGAGGUGGGUUGAAGCAGAUCUGUGUUGCACUCAGGGGAACCUUAUUGCCUUACCUGGAGACCAAGAGAAACCGGCCAUCAUCCCGUCAGCCAUGGAAGAAACAUACCUGCUAAAUGUGGAAGGGGUCAAGAAGAAGAUCUUGCACGGAGGCCGUGGGGAGCUGCCGGAUUUCCAAGAUGGAAGCAAGGUCACUUUCCACUUCCAGACCCUGAAAGAUGACUUUGAGCGAACGGUGAUAGACGACAGCCGGAUUGCUGGCAUCCCCAUGGAGAUCAUUGUGGGGAAGAUGUUCAAGAUCGAGGUGUGGGAAACCCUGCUGACUUCCAUGCGGAUCGGCGAGGUGGCAGAAUUCUGGUGUGAUGCUGUUCACACAGGAAUGUAUGCCCUGAUCUCCAAGGGGAUGCGGAAAAUCGCGGAGGGCCAGGACCCUCUGGAGGGCCAGAAGCACCGCUGUGGGAUGGGCAACAUGUUUGACUAUCACAGCACAGGCUAUGCGGACCUGGAUGAGCUGCAGAGGACGCCACAGCCACUCAUCUUCAUCAUGGAGCUCUUCAAGGUAGAGGACCCCUCCGCGUACAAACGGGAUACGUGGGCCAUGAACAAGGAGGAGAAGCUGGCCGCUGUGCCAAAACUGCACACUGAAGGCAACCGGCUGGUCCUCGCACGGAAAUUCAAGGAGGCGGCAGAGAAAUACCAAGAAGCCGUCAUCUGCUUGCGCAACCUUCAGGCCAAGGAGAAACCAUGGGAGGAGGACUGGGUGAGACUAGAGAAGCUCCUCACACCCCUGGUGCUGAACUACUGCCAGUGCCAGCUGGAGCUGGGCGAAUAUUACGAGGUGCUGGAGCACACCACUGACCUCCUGCAGAAGGACAACGAAAAUGUCAAGGCUUAUUUCAAGCGGGCCAAGGCCCACACAGCCGUGUGGAACGAGAAGGAGGCACGCACCGACUUCCUGAGGGUGGCCCAACUGGACCCCUCUCUGGCUGCUGCGGUGAGGAAGGAGUUGAAGCUCCUGGGGGAAAGGAUGAGGCGGAAACACGUGGAAGAUCGCAAGAAGUACCAGGGGAUCUUCCAGGAGCCUGCCUCUCGAGCGGGGACGGCGGGGGGCCAGGCAGAGCAAACCCAUAGUCCUUCUGGGGGUGGGAAAGCAGAGCUUCCCGAUAAAGACCUCCGGGCACAGAUGGAAGGAAGUGAGCGAGAAACCCUGGAGCCGGAGGAGAGUGGAGAGGAUGUGAUGACGGAAGGAGGUGCCACAGACCAUGUGAAUGCGGAGGAGGAAAAGAGAGAGUUGACCAAGGAGGGAGGGAGAGUGGUCCAAGAAGGCCCUGUGCCUCAGAAAGGGAGGAGGGUUGAACCAGGAAAGGAAGAGCAAGAUGCCCAAGGGGAAAGGAAGGCCUCUAGGCAUUCUGGAGAAGGCUGUGAAGCCUCUGGACCCAAAGCACCAUCAGGAUUUGGGCAACGGUGGGAGCCAGAAGGCGAGAGGGAGAAGGCAGAAGAGCUGGCUUGUGGGGCAGGGGGACAAAGUGGAGAGGCGGGCCUUGCACUGGUGGAGGGGAAAGAAGAAGAAGAAGAAGAGGAUUUCUGCGGAGAUUCUGAGAAGGAACAAGGGGAAUCUGCAGGAGAAUUCAUGGCCAGCACAGGAGAAGUGUCCUCCCAGAGAUGCUCCACCAAGGCAGAGGUGAGCCUUGGAAAAGCGAAUUCCACCAGAGAGAGGAAGGAAUUUGAAGCAAAGUGUGGGGAAGGAGAAAUGAAAGGCAGAGACCAUUCUGGUUCACAGGGGCAGGUGUGCUUUGGAGCAGAGAAUAUCAAGGGACUGGAAGGAGGGUUGAGUUCCAAAGAAGACCGUGAAGAGGUCCAGCUGGGAAGGCCAGAGAUAGAAGCAAGAAUGGCACCAGAACUAUGUUUGAGGGAAGAUACCCUCUUUGACAGGAGGAAGUGUGAGAGGUCAAGAAAAGAGAGUUUCACUGGAGAGAAGGAAGACGAACACAGAGAAGAAAUAGAGUUUGGGAAGAGCACAACAGAAUCGGAGGGUCUUUCCAGAUCCAAGGGGGAGAGAUCAUGUGGGUGUGGGGCAGAAGAGAGAGAUGUGGGCACUGGGGAUUGCAGGGAAGGAACAAGAAGAGAGAAUGCUGAGAGAAUGGUGAGCUUUGGGACAGAGAAGUCUGAAGAAGAAGAGGAGGAGGAGGAUGGUCCUGAAGAGGCAGUUGGGUGUGGAAAGGAAGAAAUGCAAGCUGGGUGCAGCGCUGGGAAACAGGAAGAGAGGCAGAGGGACGAGGUGUACACCGUCACGUGUGACAAUCCUGCACCAGCUGUCUGUUAGGUGUCCAUCCACUGAGUGCACUGUGUGAUCACUUGUGUAAUCUUGACACGAUGAUGCACAGCAGUGAAUACCCCUAGAGGGGUCACUGAAGCAGCCACCAGAGGCGUGGCCCUUGAGUCAAGUUCUCUAUGCCAGGGCUUCUCAAAUCUGGGGCCCUAGAAGUUAUUGGACAACAACUCCCGUCAUCCCCAGAGACAAUGCUCCCCCCCAACAUCUGGAGCCUCAGAGUGGAGAACCCCUGCAUUGCAAGGCAGGCCAGGCCGAGUACGUGGAACUCUCAAAAGGCUAGAGAAACGGAAGUUAUUAAAUAGGACAGCUUGCCUGUGUGGGAGUUUUCUAAACUUCAAAAACCCAUUUUGGAAGCUGUGUGGAGAGAAACAUGAAGGAACUCUCUGCUCUGACUGGCAGCAGCUCCCCCAGGUUUCGGGCAGGAGUCUCUCUGUCUUCCUCGGAGCUGUCAGGGAAUGAACCUUCUGCAUGCAAAGCAGAUGCUCUCCCACUGUGCUUCGCCCAGAUCCAGCACAGAGCUCUCGUCUAAAGAGGAGAAAUGUUCCCCCAAUGAACCAAGCACGAAACCAAGCAGAACAAUAUAAAUACAAAUUUAUUUUUUCCAGAGCAGAAUUGGAAAAGACUCAAGUGAGGACAGCACACAGUAACUGGUUAUAAUUAGUUCUCCUUCUGGUCUUGGAACAAAACCACCUUUGCUUCAUUCAUGUCCCGCACAAUCACUUCAGGUGGACAAACAAGCCAGGGAAGACACAGAUUUUGGCCUGGUCCAUUUCAGCCUUUAUUGCCAAUGGCUGUUUCUGAGUGACAGGUCCCGCAGCGUGAGGCAAGAGGAUGUGACGGCUCAAGCUGGAUGACCGAAGCACAAGAGAAUCCGCUACAAGGAGCCGAAUGCCGCUGUAUGACCGAGGGAGACACUAGUCCUUUUUCUUGAGAGAGAAAACUGUACUACAAUGCCCUCCCCCAUUAUUCACACAGCUGGAAAUAAAAUAAAUGUAGAUUUUAAAA